AUCGAAUUGAUAAAAUGUAUGGAUGCAACCCAAUUAAAUCAUAAUUUGAGUACCUAAUGUGUAAUUGAUACAAAGUUGAGGGAUUCAUUUUAGAUUUCUAAUUAAAACCUCCCCUGUUCAAACUUUAAACCCUCUGCUCCUCUCCAUCUUGCUCGUUCUCCUCCACUAUCCCCUUGCCGCCACUCCAACAGUGCUCAAACCCCGCCCGUCCUGCCUAAACCUACAAUUUUUUGAGUCCAUGAGGAAGAAGGUCGACCAGCGUAUCAGAACCCUCAUCGAGAAUGGCGUCAAAACCCGCCAUAGAUCCAUUUUCGUCAUCGUUGGAGACAAGUCCCGCGACCAGAUUGUGAACCUGCACUACAUGUUGAGCAAAGCUAUGGUGAAGACCCGCCCGACUGUGCUCUGGUGCUACAAGGACAAGCUUGAAAUUAGCAGCCACAAGAAGAAAAGGAGGAAACAGUUAAAAAAAUUAAUUCAGAGAGGGUUGAUAGAUGAGGAGCGAGCAGACCCUUUUGAUCUUUUUGUAGAAACUGGUGGUGUUUCUUACUGCCUCUAUAAGGACUCAGAAAGAAUUCUUGGAAACACUUUUGGCAUGUGUGUGUUACAGGAUUUUGAGGCUCUGACACCCAAUAUUUUAGCAAGAACUAUAGAGACAGUUGAAGGUGGUGGUUUGAUUGUUUUGCUGCUUCGAUCCUUGACCUCAUUGACGAGUUUAUAUACCAUGGUUAUGGAUGUUCAUGAAAGAUAUCGCACAGAAUCCCAUUCUCAGACCUCUGGGCGCUUUAAUGAACGUUUCUUACUUUCACUUGCUUCAUGUAAAGCUUGUAUUGUGAUGGAUGAUGAAUUAAACAUUUUACCAAUCUCGUCACAUAUGAAGUCAAUUACUCCGGUCCCGGCUCAAGAGGACUCUGAGGGACUCUCUGAAGCAGAGCGCGAUUUGAAACUUUUGAAAGAACAGUUGAAUGAUGACUUCCCAGUUGGUCCUUUGAUCCGGAAGUGCUGUACUUUGGACCAGGGAAAAGCUGUCAUAAACUUUCUUGAUUCUAUUUUGGACAAGACACUUCGUAGUACAGUGGCACUGCUUGCUGCCCGUGGCCGUGGUAAGUCAGCUGCUCUUGGACUAGCAGUUGCAGGAGCUAUUGCUGCUGGGUAUUCUAAUAUUUUUAUAACCGCACCAAGCCCUGAGAAUUUGAAAACUCUUUUUGAGUUUAUUUGCAAGGGAUUUGACAUGCUUCAAUACAAGGAGCACUUGGAUUAUGAUGUUGUCAAAAGCACAAAUCCAGAUUUCAAAAAAGCAACUGUACGGAUCAAUAUCUACAAACAGCAUAGACAGACUAUUCAGUAUAUACAACCACAUGAACAUGCAAAACUCUCACAAGUUGAAUUGCUGGUAAUUGAUGAAGCAGCAGCAAUUCCAUUGCCUGUUGUGAAGGCUUUGCUUGGUCCUUAUCUUGUUUUCCUUUCUUCAACUGUCAAUGGCUAUGAAGGAACAGGGAGAUCAUUAUCACUGAAAUUGGUGAAGCAACUUGAGGAGCAAAAUCAUAUUUCAUCUAGAAGUACAGAAAGUGCCAUUUCAGGUAGGCUUUUCAAGAAGAUAGAAUUGAAUGAAUCCAUCAGAUAUGCUCCUGGUGAUCCCAUUGAGUCCUGGCUUAAUUCCUUGCUUUGUCUGGAUGUCACAAAUUUCACCCCAAGUAUCAGCAGGCUACCACCUCCUAGUGAAUGCGAUUUGUAUUACGUAAAUCGGGAUACCCUCUUCUCCUUUCAUAAGGAGAGUGAGCUAUUUUUGCAGCGGAUGAUGACUCUCUUUGUUGCUUCUCACUACAAAAAUUCCCCUGACGAUUUGCAAUUAAUGGCUGAUGCUCCGGCCCACCACUUGUUUGUCCUACUAGGACCCGUUGAUGAAUCAAAAAAUCAUCUCCCCGACAUUUUGUGUGUUAUCCAGGUCUCUCUCGAGGGUCAAAUUUCACGUGAAUCCGUAAUGAAAAGUUUAAAUGCUGGGCGUCAACCAUCUGGGGAUCAGAUACCAUGGAAAUUUUUCCAGCAGUUUAAUGAUAGUGUUUUCCCAAGUCUUUCAGGUGCUCGCAUUGUACGCAUUGCGACACAUCCAACCGCAAUGAGGCUUGGAUAUGGUUCUGCUGCUGUUGAUCUUUUAACAAGAUACUAUGAGGGUCAGUUGACUCAAAUAUGCGAACUGGAUGCUGAAGAUGUAUUGCAAGAGGAUCUACCAGUCAACGUAAUUGAGGCUGCAAAAAAGGUUUCUCUACUGGAGGAAAACAUAAAACCAAGAACGGACCUUCCACCUUUACUCGUACCACUUCGGGAACGGGGGCCUGAGAAGCUCCACUAUAUUGGAGUUUCCUUUGGGCUUACUUUGGAUCUCUUCCGCUUCUGGAGAAAGCAGAAAUUCGGCCCUUUCUUCAUUGGCUAUAGUCCAAAUAAUGUGACUGGCGAGCACACAUGCAUGGUCUUAAAGCCAUUGAACAGCGAUGAUAUAGAAAUCAACGAAAACCAUGAGUGGGGCUUUUUUGGUCCUUUUUACCAAGAUUUUAGAAAAAGAUUUGCAAGGCUACUAGAUAAAAGUUUUCGUUCUAUGGACUACAUGCUUGCUAUGAGUGUAUUGGACCCGAAGAUCAAUUUUACGGAUGCUGACAAUUCAGAUGGAUUUUUGAAAUCAAUUGAUGGAGUUUUUUCUCCCCAUGAUAUGAAGAGGCUUGAAGCCUAUACAAACAAUAUUGUAGAUUUUCCGUGGAUUAUGGAUUGCGUCUCAAUACUUGCACACUUAUAUUUCUCAGAGAAACUUCCAGUUUCGAUCUCCAAUCUUCAAGCUUCUGUUUUGCUUUGCGUCGGUUUACAGGAUAAAGACUUUUCUCAAAUUGAGGUCGAAAUGCGUUUAGAAAGACAACAAAUUUUGUCUCUAUUCAGAAAAUCGAUGAAGAAGUUCUACAAGUACUUGUAUGACCUUGCCUCCAACGAGAUUGAUUCAACUGUAUCUCGCCUUAAAGAAAUCAAGAUGGAGCCUCAUGCCAUAUCAUUGGACGACGAUCUUAACAAUGCAGCUAAACAAGUCCAGGAGGAGAUGAACGCCAAAGCAGAUGGUCUAUUGGACCCCGAACGACUUCAAGGGUAUGCCAUCAUUGACGGGGAAGCCGAUUUCGACAAUGCCCUUCAAAGUGGAACAAAGGUAACCCCAGGGGGUGUCAUCAGUGUGAAGUCCAACAGAAAGCCAUCAGACAAAAGCCACAAGGGUGAGAAGAGAAACAAGAAUGGCUCCUCAUCCAAAUCAAGCAAGAAGAGGAAGACUUGAACCCCAUACAAGUCCUCAACCAUAGUUUUUUGAGUUCUAAUUUUACGUAAUCUUUUUCCGGCCUUCCGAUUCUUGGGUUUUGACGAACGAUUUCAUUGUGUGUUUUGGCAGAGAACUACAGCUAUGUGAGCUGAGUUAUAAGAUUUGAGUAUCUCAUCUUAUCACUGGGUAAAAUGUAUCACUACAAUGCUUAUGCCAUCAAAUAUGGGUGUCAAAAUAUGACAUUUAGCCCUUGUGAUGCUCUCUUGGAUUCCCAAGUUAUUUUUAUCACCCCAACCCAGAAAAACUACACCGUUUAUUUAAUCACAUACUCUCUCCAUUUCUAAAUAAUUGUCUAUUAAGACUUUCAAAAUACAUUAAGAAUCAAAUGAAUGUGGACAUAAUAU